UGGUUCCUGUGGUUACGAUUCUAUCACUUUGACUGACCACACGCAACAACUCUGUUCUUGAAUUGUGGUUUCAUACUACAUUCCAAACUUGUUUCCCAGCUUCGUUGCUAAGUCCAUUGAUUUGAAAAGGAAGAUGGAUCCGCUAACGAUCUUUUUUAGUGUCAGUAUUACGUUGACUCUCGAAAAGCGCUGCGCCACGUCGAGCUUCUAAAGUCUACCGUGCAACUGGACUUCGUGCCACCCGCGCUAGACCAGCAGACGCGACACACUUUGGAUCUGGAAACGCAAGUGAAGCAGCUGACUCGGGGCCUCAUAGAGGUGCAGCGGAAAACCAAAGCUGGGCGCCGUGAGUUUGAGGAUUAAAAGACUCAAAGGCCCGGGGAAGGAAAAUGUGGUCAAAGGUAACGGGGGAAAGGGAUGAAUCUCAGGCGAGGAUUGACAAAGAGGAGAGGUACCUUAUUCAAAGCUACGGCUUUAUAUCGCCGUGCUCAUCAAAUAUGAGGAGUACAUCGAAGCAAAAUGUGGAGAUGCUUGAGCUAAUAAUUGCUGAAGCCACAGCAGUGAAAGAGGAACGGUCAGAGAAUUUGGAUAAAUAUACUUCACUGCAUACAGAGUUGCAGGUUAUGUAUAGCUCGUUAUCUGAUGGACGUACGGACGGUGAGAGUAUAAAUGUUCAUUGCAUCCGAAAAGCUUGAGUAG